AUGAGAUGUUCUCAUUUGCCUGAAGAUUCGCAACCUAGCUGUACCACACCAAACAGCCCUAGCUACUGUUUCCUGGCAGGUGAUCAUCGAGUGAAUGAAAACCCAACCCUUCAGAGCAUGCACACCAUCUUUGUGAGAGAACACAACCGUAUAGCUAAAAAACUGCAAGACCUGAACUGCGAUUGGAGUGAUGAGAAAACUUUCCAGGAAACCAGAAGGAUAGUUGGGGCUAUCAUGCAGAAAAUCACGUACGAUGAGUACUUGCCUAUCAUUUUGGGUGCGAACGCUAUGGCCAAGUAUGGCUUACGAAUUGGAUCUGGGACUGCUUACGCCAACGUCUACAACACAUCGAUAGACCCCAGCAUCAGGAACGCCUUCGCUACUGCGGCUUUCAGGAUGGGACACUCCAUGAUCCACAGCAGCUUCUCCAGCUUCAGCUCUUCACAUAGUUUUCUCGGGGAGGACGUACUAAGCGAGAUCUUCGGUAACACGAGUCUCAUUCUGAACGUCAACAACAGGAAGGUUGGUCAUUUCUGCAGAGGCCUGGUUAAGGACAGUGUCCAGACUGUAGAUCGCAAACUGACACAGGAGGUUACGGACAGGUUGUUUGUUGACAGUAAUGGAAAUAGUCUGGACUUGGCAGCUCUCAACAUCCAGAGAGGAAGAGACCACGGGCUCCCGUCUUACACCAAGUGGAGGGAGUUCUGUAAUGUUCCAAAAGCUGCAUCCAUCUCCGAUCUCUCCACUACCACUCACACAACAGAUGCGGCAUCUCUACUGGAGGAAGCAUAUGAUCACGUCGACGACAUCGACCUGUUCCCUGGGGCUCUGUCGGAGACACCUGUUGCAGGAGGACUUCUGGGUCCCACAUUCACCUGUCUCCUGGGGAAACAGUUCCAGGCACUGAAGAAAGGAGACCGAUUCUGGUUUGAAGAAAACAACGCCAAUGUUAAAUUCACUCGUUGUACGUAA